AUAUUGGUUUUAUCUAUGAAUUAAAAAGAACACAAAUCAGAGAGAAGAUAUUAGAACACAUGAUAGUCCCAAUCUUGUUAUAAUAAUUAACAUAAUUAAUGGAGUUAUCUUAUAAGUUUUGAAAUUAAUAUCAUCAAAUAAAAUUUAUCUUGCUGAUUAUAAACUUUGUACUAUAAUAAUAAGGGCUAAUACCACUACAACACUCGAACUAUAAUAAAAAUGCCACUUGUGUCCUAGUUUAUUUAAUAUUUCAAUCCUAUCUCAUCGUAUGAUACGUUUGUGACAUUUGUAUCAUGACGCUUUCGUUGUCUGUUAAACAUAACACUUGAUCAGACCAUGGUCAACGUGAUGUUAACUUUCGUCGACGUGACAAAAACACGGCGACCACGCAAAUGUCCUUUUUUGACACAUAAGAUUAUUUUAAAUUAUUUUUAUUUUUAAAAAUUUAAAAUAAUUAUAUGUGUCAAGAACAUGAAACCAUAUACUAAGAGACUCACCUUUAUUGCCCUAUGAUCAAAUUCAGAGACAAUACAUUAACAAAACUUUGAACAUUUUUAAUUAUAGUGAUCACAAUAUCAUAUGAGGCAUAUGUAGAAUUAUCAUGUACUAUUUCGAUUGAAUAUACGUAACCUCAAUCCUCAAAUUCACCCCUAAACAUGUAGGGGUCGUUUGGAGAACAAGAUUCGGAUGAUGGAUUUAUUGAAUUCAUAGAUUUGGCAAAAUGUUAUGUUUUUUUGCUACUUUUUGUAUCGUGGAUUGUAGGUUUAGAGAUUUUAAAUCUCUAAAAUCUAGAGAUAUUAAAUCUCUCAUAAUUAGAGAGAUUCUAUAUCUUGAUUUUAGAGGUUUUCUCUCUCUUACUCUAUCUCUUCCUUUUUUAAUUUAUCCCACUAAAUAUCCAUAUUGAUAAAUUUUUCAAUAUUUUUUUGAGCCAAUUUAAUUAGUUUGGUUAAGCAUAAAUAUGCCAUUUUAUAAACAAAUAUAAUUUCUUUUUUAUUGUAUGUUAACAAUCGCAGUUAUCAAACAAUGAACAUUUUCAAAUCUUUUUUCAACAAUCCGGAGAAUUCAAAUCUUUGGAUUGUUUAGAAUCUAGAGAUUUAGACUCUAAUUCUCCAAACGAGCCCGUAAUCUUUAACUUCUAUUUUGUAUGAAAACCAUUUGUCAAGGACUAAAACGAUAAAAUCUAAAUCACUAUACCGGCGAACAGUCCAGAAUAAGAAGAAGGCGAGGGUGAAAGGGGAGGGAGAGGAAAGAGGUGGAAGGAUGGAAUAGAAUUGCCGCCGCCGCCGACGAGCCCAUAAAAUCGCUGGUAUUCUCUUCUCUGAUUACUCCCCCUCCGAAGAAGACAAAUAGAUUUAGCGGAUAAAAGAAGAGAAAGAAGAAAGACGAGGCGGAAGUUCCACUGUUUCAGUUUCAGUUUCAGUUUCCGCCAAGGGAUAGGAAAAAGGAAGAGCGCGCGAUACAUGAACCUAUUUAUGUCAACUAGUUAAAUAUCUCUACCUUUCCUUCUUCCCCUCCUUUGCUCGUUGUUGUAUUGGACUUCAGCUGUUGUGUGAAGGUGAAAGUCUCUGGUCUUUCGCUCUUCAGCAGUGUAUAUGGAGAAACAAGAGAACCAAGGUGAAAUAGUGAACAUUGACGAGACAAUGGUGACACUGAAACCAGAGCAAAGCGGUGAAGGAGGAUUGUUCGUUCCUGGCAAGGAGAGGGUAAAGUUUACAGCUCCUGAGAGGAAAUCUCUUUUAGGACUGGAUGUCCUUGCAAUUGCAAAACGAGGCCGAUCUGAUGUGGAUGGAGGUUUUAAGGUCCCUGCACACAGAAUAACUUCAACACUGGCCUCAGCUGACGAGGAUGAAGAGAACGACACUUCUGAAAUAGAUGAGGCAGGAGCAGUGAGUGCAAAUAAUAACGCUGCGCUGAAGCAUGUGAGUCGCCGAAGAUAUCGCGAAACAUCUGCUAGUGCUAGUGAGACAUCUCAUGCAGAGAGUACUGUGACUCGAGAAAGAUCAGUUAGUGACGUGUCUCGGAAUCAUCGCUCCAGGGGGGGUUCAUCUUCAUAUGAACCUAGUACCUCCCCUCGAACUUCUCAACGGGAUCCCUCCAGGAGUCCAUGGCGCCAUGGAGAUGAUUACGUCACUGAACGAAGAGGCAGAAAAGGUGAUGAUAGGAUUGAUAAUCGAAGGGACAGACACAGAUACGGCAGUGAUCGUGAAGACCGAAGUCAUGGACGAGAAUCACGCCAUCGGUAUGAAGACGAUUAUGAUGGAAGCUAUGGAAGGAAACGCUCACGAACACCAGGGAGAUAUGAUUGGGAUGAUGGAAGAUGGGAAUGGGAAGAAACUCCUGUGCGUGAUGAUACCUCUAACUCAGGCCAGCGGCGUCAGCCUUCAAGGUCCCCAAUGUUUGUUGGGGCAUCACCUGACGCACGAUUAGUUUCACCAUGGUUGGGUGACCAUACUCCUUCGGCUGGCUCCGGUGCUUCCCCUUGGGAUCGGGUUUCUCCUUCUCCUAUACCAAUACGAGCUUCUGGGUCGUCAGAUAGGUCUUCUGUUUCUAGACGUGGUGGGAGAUCUCAACAGCAUACUUUCUCCGUUUCAAGCUCUCAACCAUUAGAGGAAGGAGAACAGCCAUUCGUGUCUGAAGAACAUAACCCUGAGAUUACUGAGGAUAUGCGUUUGGAAAUGGAAUAUAAUUCUGACCGAGCAUGGUACGAUAGAGAAGAAGGUAACACAUUGUUUGAUUCUAAUAGCUCAUCAUUUUUCUUUGGAGACGAAGUUUCGAUCCAGAAAAAAGAGGCAGAGUUGGCUAAAAAGCUGGUUCGUAGAGAUGGCUCCAAGAUGACACUAUCUCAAAGUAAGAAGUUAUCUCAACUUACUGCUGAUAAUGCCCAGUGGGAAGACCGGCAACUGUUGAGAUCUGGUGCUGUUAGGGGAACUGAGGUGCAGACUGAAUUUGAUGAUGAGGAUGAACGCAAGGUUAUUCUCCUUGUGCAUGAUACAAAACCCCCUUUUUUGGAUGGAAGAGUCGUUUUCACUAAACAAGCGGAACCCGUAAUGCCUCUAAAAGAUCCCACAUCAGACAUGGCCAUCAUUUCACGCAAAGGAUCUGCUCUAGUCAGGGAGAUUCGUGAUAAGCAGAGUCAGAACAAGUCUCGACAACGGUUUUGGGAACUUGCUGGCUCAAAACUUGGUGAUAUUCUUGGGGUUGAGAAAACAGCGGAGCAGAUUGAUGCUGAUACUGCUGAAGUGAAUGAAGAAGGUGAAGUCAAUUUCAAGGAAGAUGCAAAAUUUGCACAACACAUGAAGAAGGGCGGUGAAGCUGUGAGUGAUUUUGCAAAGUCAAAAAGUCUUGCAGAGCAGCGGCAAUACCUUCCUAUAUUCUCUGUGCGGGAUGAGCUGUUGCAGGUGAUACGUGAAAACCAGAUAGUAGUUGUAGUUGGAGAAACUGGGUCGGGCAAGACUACUCAACUGACACAGUAUCUGCAUGAAGAUGGUUAUACAGCAAAUGGAAUUGUGGGUUGCACCCAGCCCCGUCGUGUGGCAGCCAUGAGUGUUGCCAAGAGAGUUAGUGAAGAGAUGGAGACUGAAUUGGGGGAUAAAGUUGGUUAUGCAAUUCGGUUUGAGGACGUGACUGGAAAAAACACCAUAAUCAAGUAUAUGACUGAUGGAGUACUCCUACGUGAAACAUUGAAAGAUGCUGAAUUGGAUAAGUACCGGGUCGUUGUCAUGGAUGAAGCACAUGAGAGAUCAUUAAACACAGAUGUACUGUUUGGGAUAUUGAAGAAGGUGGUUGCACAGCGUCGUGAUUUCAAGCUCAUAGUGACAUCUGCAACUUUAAAUGCUCAGAAGUUCUCGGAUUUCUUUGGGAGUGUACCAAUAUUCCACAUCCCUGGGCGAACUUUCCCUGUGAAGACCUUAUAUAGCAAGAGUCCUUGUGAAGACUAUGUAGCAGCGGCUGUUAAGCAAGCCAUGGCUAUCCACGUCCAGAGUCCUGCGGGUGACAUCCUCAUAUUUAUGACUGGGCAAGACGAAAUUGAGGCAGCGUGCUAUUCCCUUGCAGAGCGCAUGGAGCAGAUGGCUGCGUCCACCAAGGAUGUUCCCAAGCUUUUGAUCCUUCCAAUAUAUUCUCAGCUUCCUGCUGAUUUGCAAGCAAAGAUAUUUCAGAAAGCUGAAGAUGGAGCUCGGAAAUGCAUUGUGGCGACCAACAUUGCUGAGACUUCGUUGACCGUGGAUGGAAUCUUCUAUGUUAUCGACACGGGAUAUGGUAAAAUGAAGGUUUACAACCCAAGGAUGGGUAUGGAUGCUCUGCAAGUUUUCCCUGUCAGCCAAGCGGCUGCCAAUCAGCGUGCAGGACGUGCUGGUAGAACAGGCCCUGGCACGUGCUACAGGCUGUACACUGAGAAUGCAUACCUGAACGAGUUGUUGCCAAGUCCAGUGCCGGAGAUUCAGAGGACCAAUCUCGGUAACGUAGUUCUUCUGCUGAAGUCUCUCAAAAUAGAGAACUUGCUGGAUUUCGAUUUCAUGGACCCACCUCCACAAGAUAAUAUUUUGAACUCUAUGUACCAACUGUGGGUGUUGGGCGCGCUGAGCAACGUUGGAGGUUUGACUGAUCUCGGAUGGAAAAUGGUCGAGUUCCCCCUGGAUCCUCCACUAGCUAAGAUGCUUUUGAUGGGAGAGCAAUUGGGAUGCUUAAAUGAGGUUUUGACUAUCGUAUCGAUGCUCUCGGUCCCCUCUGUGUUCUUUCGGCCCAAGGACAGGGCCGAGGAGAGUGAUGCUGCACGGGAGAAAUUCUUUGUUCCAGAAUCUGACCAUUUGACUCUGCUCAAUGUCUUUCUGCAAUGGAAGGAGCACCAGUAUCGGGGAGAUUGGUGUAACGACCAUUACUUGCACGUCAAAGGAUUGCGCAAAGCCAGAGAAGUCCGGUCUCAGCUGCUGGAUAUUCUGAAGACUCUGAAGAUUCCAUUGACGACCUGUGGGCAUGAUUGGGAUGUGAUCCGGAAGGCGAUCUGUUCUGCUUACUUUCACAAUGCAGCAAGGUUGAAGGGUGUUGGUGAGUAUGUAAACUGCAGGUCAGGAAUGCCGUGCCACUUGCACCCAACCAGCGCCCUCUAUGGCCUGGGGUACACUCCAGAUUAUGUUGUGUAUCACGAGCUGGUGUUGACCACAAAAGAGUACAUGCAGUGUGCAACCUCUGUAGAGCCGCAGUGGUUGGCUGAGAUGGGUCCCAUGUUCUUUUCGGUCAAGGAUUCCGAUACAUCGAUGUUGGAGCACAAGAAAAAGCAAAAGGAAGAAAAGACUGCGAUGGAGGAGGAGAUGGAGAAUUUGAGGAAGGCUCAAGCAGAGGACGAGAGACGAAACAAGGAGAAGGAAAGAGAGAAGAGGGCAAAGCAGCAACAACAAAUAGCAACGCCAGGGCUGCGUCAGGGAUCUUCGACUUACUUGAGACCUAAGAAGUUUGGUUUGUAGAUGUGGCUUGUGUGAAAUUAACUGAAUCUCACAAGGAAGAAAUGUUGUAACUCAAUUUUAUUGUGGAGUAAACCAACUAGAAGUCACUUAUUCCCUGUAACUUUGCUACUACCCUCACCUUCCAGUAAAGUGUUCCUCUUGCGAUGGGUUUGGACAGGACUGUGAUGUCCGUGAGAAUUCUGAUACUUGUCAAGUGUGGGUGGUGAAAUUAUUUGAGGCUGUUGCACUUGAUUCCGUUGCUCCUGCUAUUGUAAGGUUGAAGAGGUUGCGGCUCCACAUUUGGAGGUUGUUGUUAACUUAAGGAGAAGAUGAUUUUGGAUCCCGAACAGGAAGUUGUUGUAAUUGUUUUCAGGCCACCUAUAGAAGCCAGCUGCUCCUUUGUUCAAGAGGCACCCCAUGUGUUGAGGAAGGAUUCCUUGUCUGAGAAAGUAGUUGAAUCUCCAGCAGUUGCCUGAGUCUUAAUUUCACUGUUAUCAAGGAAGAGAUAAAAAAAAAGGUGUUUAACAGAUCGUUUGGUACCAAAUAAAUCGAGAAUUCAUUUCAUUGUAAAAUGAAUUACCGUGUAGAAUUCAUUGUCAAAUGAAAUCCUAUGUUUGGUAUGUUAUAUUCAAAUCAUUGAAGUGUCGUGUAGAAUUGAUUGUCAAAUGAUUUUAUGUGUUUGGUAUGUCAUAUGUAUAAGUAAUUUAGUUAAUAAAAGAGGAUAAUCAUGUCAUUCUAUUAUAAUUAGUAAAUACUUGUGGAAUUCAUUUGGGGGUCGUUUGGAUUAGUGAAUGUGAUGAGGGAUUUAUGAGUGAUUUUAAAACAAUCUCUCGUUGUGCAGGAUUUUAAAACAAUUCUGCGUUUGGAAAGGUGAGAGAUUGUGGGCAUGAGGAAAUUCUAAAUCUCUCAUAUGAGAGUUUUUAAAAUAGCUGAUGGAGAUCAGCUAUUUCACAAUCACUCAUUUUUUCACAUUCUUUUCCAAACUCUGCCCCUCUUUUUGUUCUUCCUUUCUUAUUCUUCCUUAGGGAUUAGGGAUGGGUAUAAUUGUAACUUUAAUUUUUAAUUAAAAUCCUUCAUCUAUUCCCAAACAUGUUAUUUGGAUCAAAUUUCACGUUUAAAAUACCUGGGUUUUUAAUUGAGAGAUUUUAAUCCAAAUCCCUCAUUUACACAUUCCCUAAUCCAAACGACCCCUUGGAAAUUUUAUCUCAAUUCCUCGGAAUUGCUAUAACUAGUUCCAAUUCAGUAGAAUUUAAAAUUUAGAAUUGAAAAUGAAUUCUUUUUAAUACCAAACACAAAAUUAUUUUAUUUCAAAAUAAAUUUUUCAAAACUUAUGGAAUUCAUUUAUAGCAAACUGUAUGUAAGUCUAUGAGUGAUGACAAAGGCCUCAUGAGUCAUGUCCUAACUCCUAAUGGGUUUCAUGAGGAAUUUUUCAAAGAUGAAUGAGACUUAAUUGGUAAGGAGGUAGAUGAUGUGGUCUUAAAUUUAUUUAUGACGGGGUGUCAGAGAUGGUGGAUUCAACUAUAUUUUCCAUGGUUUUCAUGUCCUGAUUGUUAUGGUUUCCCUAUCAACUUUGUUGAUUUGCUUAAAGCUUGUGUUUUCAGUUUUCAUUAUGGUUCAUGAAACUGUACCGGUCGUUCAACCACUAAAUACCAUUAUUGGAGGCUAAACCGGUAGGUGGUAUUUAACGGUUGAACUACGGUUAAAUCACAGUUUUAUCAUAAAAUAUCAUACCUCUGACUUUUCCGGUACGAUAUCCAGUACAAUUUCAUAGACCAUGGUUUUCACACCUAUGAUUAGUGUUACAAUAAAUGAAGGCUUAUGUGGUUACUUUCUUGUGAAGAAAGGGCUUCUUAAAUCUUAUCUUAAAAUAUAUUAAAGCUCUUUCAGAAUUGUACCCUAUCCACGUCACCCCUUUUCAACGUAUAGCCAUCCACGUCAGCUCUUUAAAACAAGACUCUUCUUUCUCUGCACGGAAAAAUUCCUCCUUUUUCACCCUCCUGGCCUCGACGCUACAUCUUUUUUUUCUCCUCCCUCAGUCACCCAAAUUAUAACUGUCCACCACUACAGUUUCCUUCUCGCCAAAUCUAGAGCGAUUUCAUCGCUACCGAUGUCGGAGCGUUGAACCAUGAAUCGAUCGACGGAAUCAAUUCCAGAACCGGUUUUCUUCUCCGAUCAGACAACGGUCGAAACCGCCGUACGUACAGUCCCAAUUCCGGGGUCCCCAAUGCAGAUUCCGCCAUGCUUUUUGCUUCCUCGACCAGCCACAAUCUGCUACCACCGAUCUUGCUAGAUUAAAUUCAAUCUUUUCCGCUAUAUGAACUCAUGUUUAUUCUUCGAUCAUGCUCUUUAUUAUAUGUCCUUGGGUAACUCCAAAUACUUCAUAGCAUUUUCUGUAUUAAUGUUGUCGUACUCUUCCAACCCCAAUGCAUCUGGGCAGUGAUCGAAGUUAAUGGUCUCCGAUACAAUGUUAGCGCCACAAAGAACCCAGCACGCGAAGCAAAAGUGGUUCCUCUUUACUUCACCUUGCAUGCGAACACUCCCUGUUUUUACCCAGAAAAAAUCAUGCUUAAAAAUAAUGUUGCUUUAAUAGUUCUAAAAAUUAAUACCAAGUUAAGAAUUCUACAUCACAUCUACAUAUUAAAUACUACAAUUCGAUAUGCAAUAUUUGAAUAAAUGAUAUUUGGGUUGCAAUUUUGAAAUUAUCCUCCAUUUAUAAGAUAGACAUAAAUUUCUUUUAUUAUUAAACUCAAAUUAAAAUGAUCAAAAUAUGAAAAUUCAAAUAUCAAAUAUAACAAAUAAAGUACUUACGGGAGAGUUAUGGGCUAGCUAACACUAACAGUAACAGUAGAGGAAAAAUCAUAUGAUCUUUAGAUUUUAGGUUUUCAGAUUUUGUAUUUAAAAAAAUACAAAAUAUUUCUUUAGUGUAAUUGGUAACGAUUGUUGUAUUUGUUUGAAUAGAUCAUGAUUCAAACCCUGAGAUUGAUGUUUUUUUUUCUUUUUUAUGAAUAAAAAUAAAUAAUGAUUGUAAAGACAUAAUUAACCUUCAUACCUUUUCUCUCGUUAUAAGAAAUUUGAAAUGCUAAAAAAUUGCUCAUAACUCUGCUAUAAUAUAUUUGUAGAUACUAUGAAUGUAUUGCCAUUAGUGAUCUCACAACAAAUGGAAAGUUAGUUUCCAAUCAAUCUCAAACUAAGCACCAAUAAGUAAUAUAAUAAAUACCAAGGAUACAA